GAAUAAUAUCCGGAGGCGGGACAACAUAGCAGGAACUUGUACAUCAGUUAGCAUGAGGAGUUAAAACUGUAUACUGUAGCAUUAUAUAAUUUAAAAAGAUAAUAAAGGUUAUUUAUUUAUCACUUGGCUUAUUUGUCGAGCUACUCAAACCCUCUUUAUAACUUAUAAGUACAUUAUCAGGAUAGGAGACGAAAUGUUGAAGCGAUGUGUUCCUAGCUAACAUUAGCUGUGCAUUAGCUCACAAUAACGACUCGCUAACAGGUCACCACGCUGCCACAGGAGUGGAUGAAAGACAACCCGGAUACCUAACGCUACUGUGAGCCCCAGACAGCGGGGAUGAAGAAGUGGAACUAUAGAGAAGGGCAGGGACGGAACAGGCGACAAGGUGCUGGUCACCAGCGAUGGUACAGAGGCAACCGACAAAGGUCCACGUAUGACGAUGAGUGGUAUGGACACGAUGAUGCAGGACCUUCACACAGAGAAUCCCAGAGGAGAUAUGAUAACCAGUCAACCGCUGCUGUCUCUUCAUCCUCAUCCUCAGCUUCUACUUCCGCCAAGACCAGCGAUUCUGCCCCAGAACUGCCUGGAUUCUACUUCGACCCAGAGAAAAACCGGUACUUCCGACUGUUGCCAGGACACAACAACUGUAACCCGCUGACCAAAGAGGAGCUGCAGAGAAAAGAGAGAGAGACACAGAGAAACAAGAUGCUGGAGGAGGAUGAAAAGCCCAAAAAGAAAGCACCAAGAACAGGACUGAACACUUCACUACUGCUGCAGAAAAGAAACCUUGGCCUGUUACCUGUGAACUCCUAUUGCAGGCUGGUCCACGAGGUGAAGGUCAGUGGAAUGAGACGCCACAAACUGGAGAUCCAGAGCACAGACAAUAGUAACCCAAGCACAGACAACUUCAGACUCAUAGUGGGAGACUCUGCAUGUGAGCGGGUGUUUACAGUCAACGAUGUCUCUCAUGGAGGCUGCAAAUAUGGAAUAAUGAACUUCAGCAGCAGCAGCCAGGGCUCUCUGUCUGUGGAGAUGUGUGACAACCUCUACUUCACCAACCGCAAGGUUAACUCCAUCUGCUGGGCCUCAGUUAACCACCCAGACUCUCAUGUGUUGCUGUGUUUGGUAGGAAUGGCAGACACUCCUGGCUGUGUCAGUUUGCUUCCUGGUUCCCUCUUCAGUAAUUUUAACCCAGAUCAGCCAGGGAUGCUGUGCAGCUUUAAGAUAUCCUCUGCUUGGUCUUGUGCUUGGUGCCUCAACCCACAGUUUGACAAAACGUUCAGCACUGGUCUCUCUCGUAGGGUUAUUUUGAAACAUGCAGAAACCGGUCGAACACAGACAUACAGCGUCGGCAGCGAUGUCUUAGCUCAACAGUUUGCUGUUAGGGUCCCCGUUCUUUUCAACGGUUGCAGGUCAGGGGAGAUUUUCAGCAUUGAUCUGCGGCAGCGAGGCCGCAGGGAUCAAAGCUGGAAAGCCAUGCGGUUCCAUCAGGAAUCCGCCAUCACGUCCGUCCGCGUCUUGCAGGAUGAGAACUACCUGCUUGCUGCAGACAUGCUGGGCCAGAUCAAGCUGUGGGAUGUGCGAGUGACAAAGCCAGUGCAGGAAUACAAAGGACACAAUAAUGAACACGCCUACCUUCCAAUCCACGUUAAUGAACAAGAGGGCCUUCUGUUGGCAGUGGGUCAAGACUGCUACACAAGGUUAUGGAGUUUAAAGGACGGCCACCUUCUGCGGACCAUCCCGUCGCCCCACCCAGCUGCAAACGACUCAAUCCCAAGCAUCGUCUUCUCCUCCAAUUUGGGUGGCUGCAAGGGGCUUCCUGGCCUCCUCAUGGCUGUCAAACAUGACCUGUACUACUUUCCAUACAGCACAGACUACCAGGAAGGAGGGGAGCAGCCAAAAGGAUUAAAUGGAAGUGCUACCAAAGAUUUCUAAACUGUAUUUUUGCCUAAUAUUCAUAUUCAAACCCCUUACUUACUGUGUAAUUUACAAGUUUUGGUAACUGCAAUUCAAAUCUCAGGGAAUGUUACUGUUGACCUUUUUUGCACCAAGUGCUGCUUAUGAGUGCACGCUGUCACUGCAAUUAAACAUUUACUUUACCUUUUGUGCAAUCAGAACAAGGACACAUACAGUGGGAUCCCUUCUAAUCUGAAUCUGAAAAGUGCAGUUUAUACCAUAGUGAACCUUUGAUUGCUUCAUCUAUUAAACACUGUAAUUUAAUUCUUAAUUGACACUCAGA